AUGUUUCAGGCUGGGGACAAUGUCCUCCAUGCCGACAAGGAGGAAUGGGCUGUCAAGCCUCGCCCCGUGGAAGAGUUGCCUCUUCCCGCUGAUUUCUUCUGGGGAGCAGCGACUGCUGCCUACCAGAUCGAAGGCGGUGCUUCUCACGAUGGAAAGGGCAAGUCUAUCUGGGAUACCUUCAGCCACCUGGAGCCCUCACGGACCAAUGGGGAGAACGGUGAUGUGGCCUGUGAUCACUACAAUCGCAUGUUGGAAGAUUUGGACCUGAUGGCCUCGUACGAUGUCGAUGUCUAUCGGUUCUCCAUUGCCUGGUCUCGUGUGAUCCCCCUGGGUGGACGAAAUGACCCAAUCAACGAGACUGGCAUUGACUUUUACAACAAACUCAUCGAUGGUCUUUUGGCCCGAAAUAUCGAGCCAAUCGUCACCUUGUACCAUUGGGACGUGCCGCAAGAGCUAUAUAAUCGAUACGGCGCCUUUCUGAACACCAACGAGUUCAAAGCAGACUUUGAGCGCUUUGCCAAACUUUGUUUCUCUCGCUUUGGUGACCGAGUCAGAAAAUGGGUUACAUUCAAUGAGCCAUACAUUAUAUCCAUUUUUGGUCACCACAGCGGCGUCCUCGCUCCUGGUCACAAUUCUGCAAAUGGAAAUGACUCGCGAACAGAGCCGUGGCGUGUCGGUCAUACUAUCAUUCUUUCCCAUGCGGCAGUUGUGGAUCUUUACGCCACGGAGUUUCAACCUUCUCAAAAGGGCAUUAUAUCGAUCGUGCUGAAUGGUCACUUCUACGAGCCGUGGGAUGCAGCCAGUGAGGAGCACAAAGCCGCAGCCCAACGCAGACUCGAAUUCUAUAUUGGCUGGUUCGGAGACCCCAUUUUCUUGGGCAAGAAUUACCCCACCUCGAUGCGCGCCCAGCUAGGGCCUCGGCUACCUCAAUUUACCAUCGAGGAGAUGAGCAUUCUCCGGAGGACUGCCCCAUUCAACGCCUUUUACGGGAUGAAUCACUACUCCACUAAAUUCGCCCGUGCACUUCCAGACCCACCGGCCGAGGAUGACUGCACAGGAAAUGUGGAGGAGCUAGCCGUCAAUAGCGAAGGGAAGUUCCUUGGGCCUGUUUCUGGCAUGGCGUGGCUGCGUGUCGCACCCGAUGGAUUUCGAAAGCUCAUGAAUUGGGUCUGGGAUCGAUAUCGCUUGCCAAUCAUCAUCACCGAAAAUGGCUGUCCAUGUCCAGGAGAGAGUCAGAUGACACUGGACCAAGCAGUGAAUGACGCCUUUCGUAUUCGUUAUUUUGGACUAUAUCUCGAUGCCAUCUCAAGGGCCAUUUAUGAAGAUGGCAUUGAUGUCCAAGGAUACUGUGCGUGGAGUCUCAUGGAUAAUUUUGGUAUGCAACUCUUAAAGCUGACUUCACUCGUUUUCCUCGCGGCUGACGACGUCUUAGAAUGGUCUGCCGGAUACGGUCCGCGCUAUGGGAUUACACAUGUGGAUUACGAUACGCUGGUGCGAACUCCGAAAAAGUCUGCAAUUUACCUGGAGCAGUCUUUCAAAGCUCGCCGUACCUGGGAUAGCUAG